GAAAAUUCAGGUCGUGGUCGAACUCUUCUACUCCCUGUGUGGUGUAUGAGUCUCGACCCCAGCAUGCUGGCCUGAGCUCUCGUUUCAUCUCGCUUACAAUAAAGCUUCCUCGUGUGAUUGCAGCAAGUUGGUGUCUGUGUCCUACUGGGUGCGCGUCUUUCCCGAGACUUGAGUGGGGGGCUCCCUUCGGGGGUCUUUCAUUUGGGGGCUCGUCCGGGAUCUGCGCGACCACCCAGGGGUCCUAGACCCACUUGGAGGUAAGAUUCUCUGUUUUAUCUCAGCGCUGUGUCUGGGUCUGUGUCUAUGUUCUGUCUGGGAAUCUGGUGCGAUCGCUGUUUCGGUUUUGCGGACGCUCAGUGAGACCGCGCUCCAGGAAGGAGAGCGGGGUGGAUAGGGAUAGACGUGUCCAGAUACCCACCGUCCGUUCGCCCUGGGAGACGUCCCAGGAGGACAAGGGGGGACCAGGGACGCCUGGUGAACCCCAUCUGAUAGGUCCAGAGGAGACUUUACUCCUUGACGACCGGUUUGUUAGGCAAGGUCUGCGACCUGCCGAUCAGUUUCAGUGCCUCUGGUCGACACGAAGUCGACGUCGGUUUUGUUUUCUUUUUUCUCUUUUGUUUGUGCUCGUGUGUGUGGUGUGUGUUGUCGAGCUCGACAUGGGACAGAAAGUAACGACUCCUUUGACUUUGACUCUGGAUCACUGGACUGAAGUAAGGACUAGAGCUCACAAUUUUUCAGUAGACGUUAAGAAGGGACCCUGGCAGACUUUUUGUUCAUCCGAAUGGCCAACCUUUAAGGUAGGAUGGCCACCAGAGGGAGCCUUUAACCUGUCUCUUGUUCUCGCUGUUAAGCGCAUUGUCUUUCAGGAAGUAGGAGGACAUCCCGACCAGAUCCCCUAUAUCAUCGUCUGGCAGGACCUAGUCCAGGAUCCCCCACCUUGGGUUAAGCCCUGGAUCACGGGGUCUGGAGUGACAGUGGCGGUUGCGGCAGCUAAACCUAAGCAGACCCAACCGUUGGCAGACCCUUCGGAACCUCCAAAGAUCUACCCUGAGAUCGAGGACCCUUUGUGGACGGAGCCACAGCCCCCUCCUUAUCCUCUGCCGCGACCAUCUGCACCCCCGGCCCCGGCCCCGGCACCGGCCGAGAGGGACGGGGUGGGGGGGCCUGCGGCGGGGACACGGAGCCGGAGAGGCCGCAGCCCAGAAGGGGAUUUCACUGUUGCCCUGCCCCUCCGUGCCUAUGUUGGUGGCCCCCCGCCAGGCCCCGAUGAACUUGUCCCUUUGCAGUACUGGCCUUUCUCUUCAGCUGAUCUAUACAACUGGAAAACUAAUCACCCUUCUUUUUCAGAAAAUCCCUCGGGCUUGACUGGGCUUCUUGAGUCCCUUAUGUUUUCCCAUCAGCCCACUUGGGAUGAUUGCCAGCAACUCCUGCAGGCCCUCUUCACCACAGAGGAGAAGGAGAGGAUCCUGUUGGAAGCCAGAAAGAAUGUCCCCGGACCAGAUGGGACCCCCACUAAUCUCCCCAAUCUUAUAGAUGAAACCUUCCCCUUGACCCGCCCAGCCUGGGACUUCAAUACUGCGGAAGGUAGGGAGCGUCUCACAGUAUACCGCCGGACUCUAGUGGCGGGGCUCAAAGGGGCCGCUCGGCGACCCACUAAUUUGGCUAAGGUAAGAGAAGUUCUUCAGGGACCAGCAGAGCCGCCCUCUGUUUUCUUAGAGCGACUGAUGGAAGCCUAUAGGAGAUAUACACCGUUUGACCCCUCCUCGGAGGGACAGCAAGCGGCUGUAGCCAUGGCUUUCAUUGGGCAGUCUGCCUCGGACAUUAAAAGAAAGCUGCAGAGGCUAGAGGGGCUCCAGGACUACACUUUGCGAGAUCUAGUAAAAGAAGCAGAGAAGGUGUAUCAUAAGAGGGAAACAGAGGAAGAGAAACAAGAGAGAGAAAAGAAAGAGGCAGAGGAGAGAGAGAACUGGCGUGAUCGCCGGCAGGAGAGGAACUUAACUAAGAUUUUGGCCGCAGUGGUAGGUGACAGAAGGAUAGAGAAGGGACAGUCAGGGUACCUGGGCAACGGAGCAAGAAGACCUCCGGGAGGAAAAAGACUGCAGCUCGAAAAUGAUCAAUGUGCAUACUGCAAAGAAAGAGGACAUUGGGCCAGAAACUGUCCUAAAAAGAAACAAAGAGGACCCAAGGUACUGGCCUUUGAAGAGAACUAGGGGAGUCGGGGCUCGACUCCCCUCCCCGAGCCUAGGGUAACUCUUUCUGUGGAGGGGACUCCUGUUGAUUUCUUGGUAGACACAGGAGCAGAACAUUCAGUUUUGACCAAGCCACUGGGACAAUUGGGGCAAAAGAAGACUAUGGUGAUGGGAGCCACUGGUAGUAAACUUUACCCCUGGACCACUAAACGAGUUUUAGAUGUAGGAAAAAGCCAAGUGACUCAUUCUUUUCUUGUGAUUCCUGAAUGCCCCAUGCCCCUGUUGGGAAGAGAUUUAUUAACCAAACUUAAGGCUCAAGUACAAUUCACCUCAAAAGGGCCAAAAGUAACCUGGGAAGAGGCCCCAGUUGCAUGUUUGGUUUUAAGUUUAGAAGAGGAAUACCGCCUCCAUGAGCAGAAUCCCAAACAUUUACUAGCCCCCGAGUGGCUGUCUGCUUUUUCCGAAGUCUGGGCGGAGCAGGCAGGGAUGGGGUUAGCCAAGCAAGUACCGCCAGUAGUAGUAGAAUUAAAAGCUGAUGCCUCCCCAGUCUCAGUCAAACAAUACCCUAUGAGUAGGGAAGCUAAAGAAGGCAUCCGGCCACAUAUUCAGAGACUGCUACAACUAGAGAUUCUAGUGCCUUGCCAAUCUCCUUGGAACACUCCUCUCCUGCCUGUACGCAAGCCUGGGACUAAUGAUUAUCGACCAGUACAGGAUUUAAGAAAAGUUAACAAAAGGGUGCAGGACAUCCACCCUACGGUUCCAAAUCCUUACAAUUUACUAAGUUCCCUACCACCAGAGCGGACUUGGUACACUGUCUUAGACUUAAAGGAUGCCUUUUUCUGCCUUCGGUUGCAUCCCAACAGCCAGCCACUAUUUGCUUUUGAGUGGAGAGAUCCAGAAGGAGGACACACUGGCCAGCUGACCUGGACACGGCUGCCCCAAGGGUUCAAAAAUUCUCCUACUCUCUUUGAUGAGGCGCUCCAUCGAGACCUUGCGCCUUUCAGGGCACAAAACCCCCAGAUUUCUCUCUUGCAGUAUGUAGACGACCUACUGCUUGCUGCUUCAACCCAGGAACUGUGUCGUGAGGGGACCAAAAGGCUCCUAAAUGAAUUGGGUGAGUUGGGGUACCGGGUGUCAGCUAAAAAAGCUCAGCUGUGUCGCACUGAGGUGACCUACCUAGGAUACACUCUCCGAGAAGGAAAGCGGUGGCUCACCGAAGCUCGAAAGAAAACUGUGAUGCAGAUCCCGACCCCCACCACUCCGCGACAAGUACGUGAGUUUCUGGGGACGGCGGGCUUUUGUAGACUCUGGAUACCGGGGUUCGCAACACUGGCAGCCCCUUUGUACCCUCUUACAAAAGAAAAGGUCCCAUUCAUCUGGACCGAGGAGCACCAAAGAGCCUUUGAGGACAUAAAAGCUGCACUACUGGCAGCCCCUGCUCUGGCCUUGCCAGAUUUGACUAAGCCUUUCACCUUAUAUGUUGAUGAACGGGCUGGAGUAGCCCGCGGGGUCUUAACUCAGGCUCUAGGGCCCUGGAAACGCCCGGUAGCCUACUUGUCAAAAAGGUUGGACCCGGUCGCCAGCGGAUGGCCCUCCUGCCUAAAAGCCAUUGCUGCCGUGGCCUUACUUGUUAAAGAUGCUGACAAGCUUACCCUAGGUCAGCAUGUGACUGUCAUUGCUCCCCAUGCUCUGGAGAGUAUCGUGCGGCAACCACCGGACCGGUGGAUGACUAACGCCCGGAUGACCCACUAUCAGAGCCUGUUACUGAAUGAACGAGUGACUUUCGCCCCCCCUGCCAUUCUUAAUCCUGCUACUCUUCUCCCUGAGAUACAUAACUCCACCCCAAUACAUCAAUGUGCCGACAUCUUGGCGGAAGAAACCGGAACAAGAAAGGACCUGACUGAUCGACCAUGGCCAGGUGUGCCUGCUUGGUAUACAGAUGGUAGCAGUUUUGUGGUGGAAGGAAAAAGGAGAGCGGGAGCGGCAGUGGUGGAUGGAAAACAGGUAAUCUGGGCAAGUAGUCUUCCAGAAGGAACUUCAGCUCAAAAAGCCGAACUCGUGGCUUUGACUCAGGCCUUGCGAUUGGCAGAAGGUAAGGCCAUUAACAUUUAUACCGACAGCCGGUAUGCCUUUGCUACAGCCCAUAUACAUGGAGCCAUCUACAAGCAAAGGGGGCUACUCACUUCAGCGGGAAGAGACAUCAAAAACAAAGAAGAGAUUUUAGCCCUUUUAGAGGCAGUACAUUUGCCAAAGAAGGUGGCCAUUAUUCACUGUCCAGGUCACCAAAAAGGAGAAGAUCCUAUAACAAAAGGAAACCAAAUGGCGGACCUCGUAGCAAAACAGGUGGCCCAGCAGGUAACAAUAUUAGCAGAAAAGAGUCAGACUCCAGUAAAAACUCCAGUUACUGAUGACUCUAACUACAUUUAUUCAGCCAAUGACUUUAAAAUACUAGAAAAUAUGGCUCACAGAAAACAAGCUCAAGAAUUCAGCUUUGAUGGGGUAGCGCGGACUAUGGAUGGGCGAGUGAUCCUGCCAACAAAAGAAGGAAUAAGUUAUGUUCAAAGACUACACCAGUUGACUCAUUUAGGGGCAGAUAAACUAAAACAACUUGUCAAAGCUUCUAAAUACCAUGUGUUAAAUUUAAAUUCAACAAUUAGGCAGGUGGUUGAUUCUUGCCAGGCCUGUGCACUUACUAACGCCGCUAAGCCCUAUCAAGAGCCUGGAAAAAGAAGACGAGGAGACCGACCAGGAGUCCACUGGGAAGUGGAUUUUACUGAGAUAAAGCCAGGGAAAUAUGGUAAUAAAUAUCUAUUAGUCUUUGUUGAUACCUUUUCAGGGUGGGUGGAGGCUUUCCCCACAAAAUCCGAAACUGCUCAGGUGGUGGCCAAGAAGAUUCUUGAAGAAAUCUUACCCCGGUUUGGGGUACCCAAGGCUCUGGAAGUCAUCAGAACACAGAUCUGGGACCAGAUAAAAGAAGCCUACGCACCGGGAACUUCAGAGGUGCCCCACAGGUUCCAGGUUGGAGAUUCGGUCUUAGUCAGACGACAUCGAGCUGGCACCUUGGAGCCUCGGUGGAAAGGACCAUAUCUGGUGUUGCUGACCACCCCCACGGCAGUAAAGGUGGAUGGGAUCGCUGCUUGGAUACACGCUUCCCACGUCAAGAAGACACCCAGCCAAAAUGAAGACAACAACUGGAUGGUGGCAACUACUGAUAAUCCUCUUAAGCUUCGCCUGUGCCGCAGAAGUGAAGAGCCAAGAUGCAGGAAUAUGGCCAGGAAACAUAGGAGCUGCGAAUCCUCCAGCUAGGAAACCUGCGCCUCCGAAACCCACGCCUCCGAAACCAACGCCAGCGAAACCGAAAAUCAUCCAGACUGCUGCCGCCGCAAAAGCCGCCACUACUACUGCUGUCGCUGCUACUGCUGAUGCAAACCGAGACCACGCUACUACUCGUGUUCUCGACGCCAAGACCACCAGGCCUAACCGUGAGCACCCACCAGAUGAUUCAGUUAAGGCUGCUCCUCACUCAGGUCAGGUUUACCUACCAAAUUACAACCCACAUCAGCCUUUAAUACUAACCUGGCAAGUUCUUGGUCCUGCUCUGGAUCAGGUUUUAUUCACCACUUCCAAAAUAGCACCGCCAGGGACAUGGUGGCCUGACCUAGCUUUCUGCCUCAAACAGAUUAUCCCCACUUCCAUUCCCCCUAAUCAAGUAAGAAGCUAUGGGUUUUACUGCUGCCCAGAGCAUAAUAAGCAGACUAUAUGUAGAGGACCAGCCUCACAUUAUUGUGCUAAAUGGAGUUGUGUUUCUUCCAAUGAUGGUGACUGGAAAUGGGACAGCGAAUAUACUCAUGACAGGGCUACCUUUUCUUUUGAAAACUCUGGGCCAGGGAGGUAUGUCAUAAUGGAACCAUAUAGAAGGUCUGACUGUCGCUCUGCUGAUUUAGAUAGAAUUCGGAUCAAAUUUACAGACGCUGGUAAAAAUUAUGAUACCCAAGCAUGGAUGAGGGGCAUGAGAUGGGGGGUAGUUUUUAAUAACUAUAAUAACAAGCCUGGAUCAUCAGUCAUGGUUCGCUUGAGCCUCAGUAGCCCCCCAGCCCAACCUGUAGGUCCUAAUGUCCUAGCUAAAGAACCUCCCUCCACUUCAAAUACUCCCAUACCCCCGGACACUGAAAAUCGUCUGUUUAGCUUAAUACAAGGGGCAUUCCUGGUCCUGAAUCGUACCAAUCCUAACGUUACUCAGUCUUGUUGGUUGUGCUAUGCCUCUAGCCCCCCCUAUUAUGAAGGUAUUGCUCAGACCAGGGGUUACAACAAAACAACAGAUUCCUCUCAAUGCCCCUGGGGGGAAAACAGAAAGUUAACUCUAACAGCAGUCUCAGGAAGUGGACUUUGUUUAGGCCAGGUACCUCAUGAUAAACAGCAUCUUUGCAAUCAAACACAGAUCGUCCAGCCUAUGGAAGGUAAUCAGUAUCUAGUACCCCCCCUAGACACAGCAUGGGCCUGCAACACUGGUCUCACUCCUUGUGUAUCAACUUCUGUUUUCAAUACUUCCAAAGAUUACUGUAUUUUGGUUCAACUCGUUCCUAGGCUCCUAUAUCAUGAUGAUAGCUCUUUUAUAGAUGAGUUUGACCACCGAGGUCGUUGGAAGAGAGAGCCUAUCACCUUGACCUUUGCAGUACUCAUGGGACUGGGGAUAGCGGCCGGAGUUGGUACGGGGGCCGCUACAUUAAUUCAGACCCCCCAAUAUUAUGAGGAAUUACGAGCAGCUAUGGAUACUGACCUUAGAUCCAUAGAACAAUCUAUAACUAAACUAGAAGAGUCUUUAACCUCCCUGUCUGAAGUGGUACUACAGAAUAGAAGGGGACUAGAUUUAUUAUUUCUCAAAGAAGGGGGACUCUGUGCUGCUCUAAAAGAAGAAUGUUGUUUUUAUGUUGAUCAUUCUGGAGUGAUCAAGGAUUCGAUGGCUAAACUUAGAGAGCGCUUAGAUAUACGGAAAAAGGAAAGAGAAGACAGACAGGGAUGGUUUGAAAGUUGGUUUAAUAAGUCCCCAUGGCUAACCACUCUCCUCUCUACUUUAGUUGGGCCCAUUAUAAUUCUCAUGCUUCUACUUACUUUCGGGCCAUGUAUAAUCAAUAGGCUGGUGACAUUUAUAAAAGAAAGAGUGAGUGCUGUUCAGGUACUGGUCCUGCGACAACAGUACCAAGAGUUACAAUGGGAUGAACAAUGGCUCUAAGAUUAGAGCCGAUGAAAAAGAAGAAGUGGGGAAUGAAGGAUUAAAAAUUUAAUAAAAAGCCGCCUAGCUACCCAAAAAGAAGAAAUAGGGGUCUAGCUACUCAAAAAGAAGAAGUAGAGUCUGUGAGAACAUGAACUUUUCACCCCUCCCUUACUGUACAAUGGUUCCCGGAACAUUCUUGCAUGAAAAGUUUCCUGGAACAGCCACAAUGACCCAUAGCCUCCGGCCACAAUGUUCCAAUGGCCCUGUAAAAUGUCACUACCCCCUAAUCACAAUGUCACAAAGUCCUGGGUGUGUUACCUAGUGUUACACAUGACUAGCAUAUGACCUAACUGUAUGGGCAGUCUAUGGUCUUGGAAUUUCCCUCCUCCCUCCCUCCUGAUCCCCCUGGUUUGUGGUUUUUUCCUUUAUAAGCUCUGUGAAAAUUCAGGUCGUGGUCGAACUCUUCUACUCCCUGUGUGGUGUAUGAGUCUCGACCCCAGCAUGCUGGCCUGAGCUCUCGUUUCAUCUCGCUUACAAUAAAGCUUCCUCGUGUGAUUGCAGCAAGUUGGUGUCUGUGUCCUACUGGGUGCGCGUCUUUCCCGAGACUUGAGUGGGGGGCUCCCUUCGGGGGUCUUUCAAAGCGAUAGGCACGG